AUGGCCGACUACGAUAGACGACCCCAAGGAGGGCAUCGCAAGCGAAGAUAUCGAGAUGACGAGGACCAUUACGAUCGCCGAAACCAGCGACGACGAGUUGAUUCGGCACCUCUCCCUGUGCGCGUCCGACGACAGCUUCUCAGCAUCGCUGACUCCCCUUUGCGCCGAUGGGCCGAAGAGGUUCAAUCCAUUGCGCAUAUGGUGGCCGAGAAUCACGACGACGAAAACCUUCGCAGAACAUUCCUCGAGCUGGUAACACAGCUUUUGCUCGAGCAGCCCCUCAAGACUCCCUUCGUCGCCGCUGUCGUUCUUGUCAUCAACACUCUGAAGCCCGAAUUCGUCGAUGAGAUCCUCACAAGCAUCGCGCAAAUUACGACGGACAAAAUCGCGACUGGCGAAUGGCGUGACGUAAAGCUACUGCUCAAGUUUUUGGCCUGUCUGCAGUCUUUGCUUGAGGGAGAUGGCCUCUUCCCGCUUUUGGAGGAGCUUUUCAGCCGAGCUGCGGACCUUCAGACAGCCAGUUCAGAUGACACCAUUGGUACAGAGAUUGUUAAGAUUCUUCUCCUUACUAUUCCCUAUAUUAUGGUGUCAGCCCCAGGACAAUUCCAGCAAAAGGCGGCUGAAUUGAUGGAGAAGACCGAUAUUAUUGCUUCAGAACCCCAUGCACUUCAGGCUCUUGUCGACCCUUAUCAUCCCGAGGGCAAGGAAGAGAGUCCCGGAACAUCACUAAGCGUGUGCAUGUUGCUUCAGAAGCAGCUCCAGGGUGAAGCAGCCAAGAAUUGGGAGCUUUCAUGUUUACCUCGCCCUUGGGAGAUGCCUUUAGAAGAUAUUGAGGCACAGGACAAGCUCUCAAGUGCGCCUAAGCAUGCACUUCCCGCUAUUGCUAUCCCUGCGACUGUCAUUGCAGGACCCAGACCCCUAUUUCCCGAGAUCUACUUCUCUGUAUACUCCGAACAGGAGAUGCCUUCAGUGCCUGCGGUCACCGACAUUGCUGCAUCGCUUAUUCGAGACGGUCUACUCGAUACCAUCAACAUCUUGGAUUUCAACCGUAACGUGACGGCUCGUUACUUGAUGGAUCUGGACUGCUACUUUGCUGAAGGCACCUUUGUCAAACGGGCUACACCUUUUGACGAGCUGAAGAAUUUCCCUACCGGAAAGAACACAUGGAAGCCCGAGGAUGUCGCGGUUGAUACUGUGUUCUCGCAACUCUUCCAACUUCCCACGCCCGAGCGAAAGGUUGUGUACUACCACUCUGUUCUUACUGAAGCCUGCAAACUGGCACCAGCAGCCAUCGCGCCUAGCUUGGGUAGGGCUAUACGAUAUCUCUACCGCAACAGCCCGCGAAUGGAUCUUGAGCUGAGCUACCGAUUCAUGGAUUGGUUCUCACACCAUCUCAGCAAUUUCGGGUUUACCUGGAAGUGGGCUGAAUGGAUAGAUGAUGCCCAGCUACCUGAUUUUAACCCCAGCAAGUGGUUCCUGAAGGGAGCACUUGACAAGGAAGUGCGACUCAGCUUUGCCCAGAGAAUCCAGAAGACUCUCCCUGAGCCUUACCUACCUAUCGUCGGCCCUGAGAAGGAGAAGGAUGUUCCUGAUUUCAAGUUCAAGGACCCUGAUACCCCUUUCUCCAAGGAAGGACAGGAAAUUGCAGCUCUCUUGAGACGAAAAGCUCCAGAUGAGGAGUUCCAACCCCUUAUCGAGAGUAUUCAGUCCCAAGCCUCGGAUCAUUCCUUGGACCCUCUGGUUGCUAGCACAGACGUGUUCGUGACCGCCAUCUGCUGGGUCGGCUCCAAGUCGCUGAGCCAUGUUCUUGCCUGCAUUGACCGAACCAAGGGCAGACUACUUGAAGCUGGCGAUGCUUCGGAGGUCGCGCGUGCUCAGAUUAUUUCUGCUGUUAUGAGCUAUUGGCACGCGCACCCUGGCAUUGCCCUCUCUAUCAUCGAGAAGCUCCUCAACUACUCGAUCCUGACUCCCUUUACUGUCGUAGACUGGGCUCUUGUUGCCAGCACACCGGCAAACGGCACCGACGGAGGCGCAAGCCUCGCUGAGCCUCACAUCUUCGAGCUCAUCAAGAACACGGUCGUCAAGGUUUCAACCCGCAGCCGGCCGGUCAUUACGUCCCCCGACACCGAUGAGGAGACACGCACCAAGGAGAUGAAGACGACCCAGGAUCUCUUCCGCGCUAUGAACGACGCUCUUGUCAGCUGGGCCGGUGGAAGUAAGGACGAGCUAAUGGAGGAGGGCGACGGAUCAAGUGAUCGCGAGGCCAUGGUUCGCCGUUGGGGACAGCGCUGGCUGCGUGUCUUCAACAGAAUGGGCGCCAUUGAAGAGGCGUUUGCGCUUGAGGUUGCUAAGAAUGUAGGCAAGGACAAGAUGGCUACGGACGGAGCAGAAAACUAG